CUCCCGUUCAUCAUUCUCAGUGGUGUAGCGUUGAGUGAAGCAUAGGCAAUUUCGUUUAAAGGUUGUAAAUACCGUAAUGUUUUCAUUGUUCUGAGGCGUCCUUUAAAAACGUUUUGGAGAGACAGCCAGGAUCAGGAUCUGUGCAGGUGGAUUAAGUGAUUAACAGGUUGGAAUUAGUGAGCGUCCGUUUUCAUGUCGGACCGAGAGUAAUUCUCGUGUGUUGUGUUCUCUUCGUGUUCACUUUAUGGAUAUUAUUUCCUAGACGGUGGAAGAAAGGCCUUAAGGUGACGUUAUUUUGCGUGCCUCGACAAAAACGAUCAUCUCAGAGCGAAAGCGUAAGUUCCCCAAAAUUCUUUCAACGGGUUUUCCGGAGGUCGCAUUCAAUACGUGAUGGGAUGAUCGGUUUGCAAGAGUGCGGGCCUGCGCCCCCUCGUGCGCCGGCCUCAAGGGUUCGUGAAAGGGCGGCCCAGGCUGUUGAAUACUACAAUACCCAACUUCAGAAGGCCCGUGUGAACGCUGGUCUAGCAGCCCCUAGGUCCUCGUACAACGACCGACACCAGCACACUUCAACUUCGACCUCUUCACCUUCGUCUUCCUCGCGACGUCAACGAUUGGUUCCCGACGUCCUCUACAGAAGCAACUCGAGCCUUGAGCUCUUGGACAAUCAAGGCCGGUGCUCCAACCCCUCGUCGCCGACGUUGAAGAGGGAAUACGGAAGUCACGGUUCGAUUGAUGUCAUUGAACGCCCUAGCCACGGCGAAUCCUUCUUUGCUAUGCUUCAGGAUUAUAAGCCCACUGUACUCGGAGCAAUUUGCACUGAUCAGAGGUCCCCUGGGCCAUCGGAAUAUUUACGUGGUAUAGUCGAGACGUCGUCUUCAGGUGGCGGCUGCUUGGCGUCGGCGGAUGAUCCCAAUCAUACGCCACAAAGUCCAAAAGUUCGUGUCAAAAUGCCAAGAUUUUGGGGCUCCGGCAGCUUGAAUAGUACUUCAAUGAAAAACCAAAGACAAACUGUCGACGAUAGCGUCGUUAACGCGACAACUUCCUCUCCUGUGGUAUCAGCGGAGGCAGAAGAGAUCGCUAGACGAAGAGCAUUUGCGCAUUACGACUGUCAGUCGUUGACUACAAAUUUAGGAUAUGCUGUGAGGUUGAGAAGGAAUUUAUUGGCGAAAAGAAGGAAUACCACGACGGGAGCAUCAGCUGCUUCAAUGCUGACAAGGAUGCCGACCCAAGAAAGCGGCGACGAGGAUUAUGGAGAUGGACAUAGCAAUGGUUUGGUAAAGAGUUGUCCAUAUUUCCGGAACGAAAUCGGCGGCGAGGAGGAGCGAGUAGUUAGUUUGACGAGACUUCAGAGUAACUCGAGUCGACCACCGUUACACCGGCCAUUCUUAGCUUACGGCGUUGCUGUGCUUGAAUUUUCCCCCGGAGAAACCCACUGGAGACAAUCAACUUGUCCAUACCAAAGACUCCCCCGGCCCAUAGAAAGCGUCGACCAAGGAGCUUUGUACUAUAGGAGAUACUUUAAAGAUCAAGAACAUCAGAACUGGUUUGGUACGGAUGAACAACUGGGUCCGGUGGCGAUUUCGAUACGCAGAGAAAAAGCGUCGCAGCCAGAAAACCAAACGCACUCUAUGUUACCAGUAUACCAGUAUCGCAUCGUGAUCCGCACUUCGGAACUCAUGACCCUUCGCGGCGCAAUUCUGGAAGACGCGAUUCCGAAUAUAAAGGUUUCUAGCAGUAACAAAUCAAACAUGAACACCAAAGAAGUAUUAGAAUACGUCGCCCCGGAGAUCCAGUUAAACUGCCUCAAGCUCGGCGAACAGAACACGCAGGACGAACUCUUAAGAUUGGACGAGCAAGGUUUAACCAGUCUAUAUAAAGUUGGUGUUAUGUAUUGCAAAGCGGGACAAAGUUCCGAAGAGGAAAUGUACAAUAACGAGGAAGCUGGUCCGGCAUUUACAGAAUUUUUAGAAACUAUAGGGAAAAAAGUUGAACUUGAAGGCUUCACUAAAUACAAAGCCGGAUUGGAUAAUAAAUCAAAUUCCACUGGAAAAUAUUCCGUAUAUUCAGAAUACCAAAACUGUGAAAUUAUGUUUCAUGUAUCAACAAUGCUUCCAUUUACUAAAAACAAUAAUCAACAGCUGUUGCGCAAGAGACACAUUGGAAACGAUAUUGUUACGAUCGUUUUCCAAGAACCAGGCGCGCUUCCGUUUACUCCGAAAGGGAUUCGUUCCCAGUUUCAGCACGUCUUCAUAGUUGUCCAAGCUAUACAUCCUUGCACAGAAAACACACAUUAUAAAGUUGCUGUGAGUAGGUCCAAGCAUGUUCAAGUGUUUGGACCACCCAUAAAGCAAGGCGCUGUUUAUCCAAAGGGCAAGGCCUUCGCCGAAUUUCUUCUAGCAAAGGUCGUAAAUGCUGAAAAUGCGGCUCACAGAUCAGAGAAGUUUGAGACGAUGGCCACCAGGACCAGACAUGAAUAUUUGAAGGAUUUGGUAACUAACCGUUCUACUAAUUCCGUUGUCGAUUCCGGCCAAAAAUUCUCGAUCUUUAGUAAGAAAAAGGAGAAAAUUCGGCCGCGAUUUCUUCCUGAUGCAAGUCAACGAGGGGCAAUCCUUUGGCAGGUCCUAUUGGAUGACAGCGGACAAUCUCAGCAAAUUGAAUGCUUCUUGGGAAUCUCAGCAGACACACUUGUUCUCAUCGAGGAACAAUCGCGACAAAUCGUAUUCGUCUCUCCAUGCAAAUCGAUACUAGGAUGGUCGCCUCAAACAAAUAGUUUGCGCAUUUACCAUCAUCAAGGCGAAUGCUUGAUAAUCCACAUAAAGGACAACAAUUGCGAAAGGGACGAGUUGAUGGAAAUUGUUGAACGUUUAAAAGCUGUGACUCAAGGCGUGAAAGUGGAGGAGUUAUCCUUGAAGAGAAAUAUUAUGAAGCAGCUUGGAUUCCACGUUCAACCUGACGGAAUAGUAACUCUUGUCGAAAGCUCCGGUCCGGCUUCGGAACAGGGUUUGAAACAAAACUCUCGUUUAGUGGAGAUUUGCAAAGUUGCUGUCUCAACUUUGACUUAUGACCAAAUGGUCGAUCUUUUAAAGACAUCAGAUAUAGUAACUUUGACUGUGAUACCUCCGCUUCCUGAAGGUCAACCUAGAAAAGGUUGUACUUUGCAACAUUGUAAAUAUAAUGAAGGUAACUAUGAGGGCGAUUAUGAAAAUAUGGAUGAAUCUAAAACGAGAAAGGCACCACCUGUACCCCAAGUCGUUGCUGGAAAUUAUAAGAAACUUUAUGAGGACCGCAGUUUUUCUCCACCGAGAUCUAGCAAUAGCAGCGGAUAUGGCACUGGAAGUAGCAGUAAAUCUUUUCAUGGAACUGAUUCACGAUUUCCGGCGAAUAAUGAAGGAACUUUGACAUCUUCAUCUAGUGGACAUUCGAAUGACGAUCAGUGGUAUAGUGAUAUGAUUCAGGAAAAUUUAGAUCAUGAACCUUCCAAGCCACAUAAAUCUUCUCAUUCAAAUAACACGUAUCCUUGCACUCCUAAACGCAAUCAUAUUCCUAUGUCGCAAUCACAUAAUCACUUCUCCCAGAGUAUGCAGCAUGGUAAAAUUCAACUAAGCCACUCGUUACCCCUACAACACCAAAAUUAUAACCAACCUUUGUCCACUGUACAUCAACAAAAUAUGAAUGACUAUAGCCUGAAAUUGGAUAAAAAUAAUAUAAACAAGCAACAGAAUGACGCGAGAUUUCGUCAAGAGUCCGAGUACACCGUCACCAGAGCUCCGAAGGUUGAGUAUACAACAUUAACUCAACUGAACGGAAACGAUGGACAUUCUACUGACAGUUCCAUUAGUGAUAGACUUUAUGGAAUUGGCAGCGAAGAAGAAUUGUCUAAUGGAAGCGGUAAUAUUUCGCCGCGCACGAAACGUGCCAACAAGCAUCUCAGUAGCAUCGCAAGCAGUAGAAACCAAAGUCCGAGAUCCAUUAACGGCGAAGCAAAGUUACGUCCAGGAGUGACAGCAAGGUCUUCUAAUAGAAAUAGCGCCAGUCUAUCCAAUACUCUGCGAGAUGAUUUGAUCCGUUUGAUCAAUCCAGAUAACAUAGAGGCUGCAGAGGCGAAAGAAACUAAAAGUAGAAGUAGAGAGAACAUCAAUAGUAUGAGUCUUUCUGUACAUAAAACUCAACCAGAAGUUAUCUUAACUUUAGCAAGACCCGCUACCGUUAUCUCUAAUGCUAGUACUACUUCUAGUCCUUUGCCAGUAGAGUUUAAGAGCAAUUCAGUGGAUAGAUUAUCGCCACGCGUCACUAGUCCCAGUAAGGGAAAAGUUGAAGCGCUUCCUUUGCCUGAGAGUGAUUGUUGGUCCAGUUUGGUGGAUGCAGCGAAUAGGGCUACCGAAAACAGGAGUUUAGAUGAAAACGAAAGAUCUCGUCAUUGGGAGGAAGAUCCACCUGACGCGUCUUUAACUUCAAAUGUUGCUUCUAGUACCAGUGAACCGGAACUGAGGAACCAUGUAAGCGAAUUGGAGAGUAGGGUUACAAGAGAGACUAGACGACGGUUAUCAUUGGAGGAAGAAGUGAGGCGCCUAAAAGACGAAAACCGCAAACUGCAGGAUCAAGCUCACGCUGCGAUUCAGCAGCUCAGGAAGUUCACGGAAUGGUUUUUCAAGAAUGUACAGAGCCAAUAAAUUCUGCUUCUGUUUGUUUAUUAUUAUUAUUUUUUAUUGUUACAUAAUUUUCAUUUUGUAAAUUUAUAUGAAUUUUGAACCAAAAAGUUUUAAGGAUGGGUAUUUUUAAGAUUUUAUAUUUUGUAUAAGUUAUAAUUGCUAUUAU